CGUUUCUUAUCAUCUUCUCAACCAGAAGGUCCAGUUUUCAACCCAUUUUCUCAAAUUGGAGCUGAGUUUUACGGCAAAAAUGGCUGUUCAAGCUCUCUCCACAGUGGCAGCAACUUCUAAGAGCAUCAACCAGCUGAAUUGCAGAGGACCCGAUUCGUUUCUCUGGACCAAAAACCCAUUGGAACCGAAAAAUCCGCAGUGUCAAUGGCUUGGUACUCCAAUCAAAUUCUCUCUUCAGUCCAAGAAUUUUAAACAAUUUCUUUCAAAACAGUGCACCAUUAGAGCAAAUGUCUCCUUCGUCCUUCCCCGUGGGAAGCCGGAGCCUACAGUACCUAUAGACAAAAUUCCUAAAUGGUCGGCGAAGGCGGUAAAAUCAUUUACCAUGGCUGAACUGGAAGCAAGAAAAUUUAAAUAUGCUACUACUGGAACAGAAGCUCUUAUCCUGGGGAUGUUGAUUGAAGGGACGAAUUUUGCUUCAAAAUAUUUGAGGGCAAACAGUAUUACUCUCUUGAAAUUUCGUGAAGAAACUAUCAAAAUAGUUGGAAAAGGGGACUUCUACUAUUGCAGUCCCAAGGAACCUCCUUUGACUGAAGAUGCGCAAAAGGCUCUUGAUUGGGCCUUUGAUGAAAAACUCAAUUCCGGUGACAGUGGGGAGAUUACAACUACUCAUGUGCUCCUUGGAGUGUGGUCACAACAAGGAUCACCAGGUUAUAAGGUAUUGGCUGCACUGGGCUUUAAUGAUGAAAAAGCUAAAGAAUUGGAGAAUGUAAUUUCAGAUCCUGGAUUUGUUGAUGAUUAAGAGGAUGAUUUUGCUUUAAUGUAUUCCUUAAACCUAAACUGAGGUUCCAAAUUUGCAAUCAGAUUAGUCAUUUAUCGCGA